UCACCUGUACUAAAAGCUCCUGCAACUGUAUUUGUUACUAUUCCACCGAAGAACUGGAAGUAAGCAAUGGGCACAAUGAGGGUGGUAGUGGUCUUCACUAUUGCUGCCUUGCAAUAAUAUCUCAUCCACGCAGGUCCAGUAAUGUGUGCGCCUUCACUGCAAUGCAGAGCCUGGAAGGGCUUCUGUUUUGCAAAGACGAACCCAGACGCCUGCACUAAAGGAAACGUCUCCAAGGACGGCUGUGAGGGCAGGAAAUGUGCUUGCUGCAUGCCAAAAAAAUCAACUACCACCACCACUACCACCACUACCACCACCACUACCACCACCACAACAACCACCGCUCCUCCCACCAAUACUACCACCAAGACAACCACCACCACCACUGCCACCACCACCACAACCACCACCACCACCACUACUACCACUAAGACAACCACCACCACCACUACCACCACCACUGCCACCACCACCACAACCACCACCACCACUACUACCACUAAGACAACCACCACCACCACUACCACCACCACCACCACCACCACCACCACCACCACCACUUCUCCCACCACUACUACCACCAAGACAACCACCACAACCACCACCGCUCCUCCCACCAUUGCUACCACCAAGACAACCACCACAACCACCACCGCUCCUCCCACCACUACUACCACCAAGACAACCACCACCACCACUACCACCACCACCACCACCACCACUACCACCACCACCACCACCAACACCACCACCACCACCACCACCACCACCACCACUUCUCCCACCACUACUACCACCAAGACAACCACCACCACCACUACCACCACUACCACCACCACCACCACCACCACCACCACAACAACGACAACAACAACCACCACCACCCCUCUCACUUCUACUACCACCACCAGUACCACCACCACCACCACCACCAACACAACCCCCCCCACCCUUACUACUUCUACUACUACUACUACUACUACUACUACUACUACUACUACUACUACUACUACUACUACUACUAGUACUACUAUUUCUAUUACUACUACUACUACUACUACUAUUACUAGUACUACUACUACUACUACUACUACUACUACUACUACUACUACUAGUGGUAGUAGUAGUAGUAGCAGCACUAGUCCAAUUUUUGCUGAUUGCCAGUGUGGAGUUGAGAAUGGUGCUCGCAUCGUUGGGGGUGUGGAGGUGAUUCCCCAGAAUAAGUACCCAUGGAUGGUAGGUCUGAAUAUCUCUGGGCUCAGUCUUUACUACUGUGGAGCAAGCAUCAUAACUGACCGACACAUUCUCACCGCCGCCCACUGCUUAUUCUAUACAAUUCCCAAGAACCCGAUUCCCGCUAGUUUAAUCAUGGUGGGCAUCGCAGAUCACAACCAAGUUUCAACGGAUGACGACGUCGUUGGUGUCACCGGUCUCGUUGCAAUUCAAAACUAUACAGUUUUCAGUAGUUACGAUCCAAAUGGUGACGAUUUUGAUAUCGCAAUACUAACACUUAAGGAGCCGUUAAAUUUUACAUUGCAACAAGUAGGCCCUAUUUGUCUCCCUAAAAACAACAACAACACAUACGCAGGAGUUCUCGCCACCGCUGUUGGCUGGGGCUUGACAAUGGAAAACGGAAAUCUGCCGGAUGUUCUGAUGGAAGUUCAGGUUCCCAUCAUCGAUCAGGCUUCGUGUGCAAGUAAUAUCAAUGGUUUGACAGGUAAUAUGAUUUGUGCUGGUUUGGAUGAGGGAGGGAAAGACUCCUGUUCUGGAGACUCUGGAGGACCCUUGUCUGUGGUGGAGGAUGGGCGUCACGUCCUGGUCGGUGUGACUUCCUUCGGGGUUGGAUGUGCCCAGCCCAUGAAUCCUGGAGUGUACGCUAGGGUUACCGAAUUUCUCACAUGGAUAAGUGAAAAUACACAGAGUGGUAAAUACUGUGCCUAACCAUUUUGGCUUACAAAGUUCUCCAAACAAUAUCAAAUUUUAUUAAAUACAGCACGCUUUUUCAUAUUUCUUUUACAUAUUAAUGUUAUUGAGAAUUGGAGUCCUGACAUCUGACCAAUCCUUCUGCUUACUUGAAAGAGAUGGAAAACCAUUUUCUUGCAAAAGUAUUUAAUUGCUAUUAAUUUUGCUUUGAUAUAUUCACAGGUUAGAAUAUGAGUGCACUUGCGAGUACGUUUGAUUAUCAUAUUCAUCAGUGUUCAAUAAUAUUUAUUUUCACAUAAUAUGUUCGUAACACUAUUGUAAUAUACUAUCACAUACUGAUACCUUAGAGUUUUGUGAGUGUCAAUCUGUCUACUAUAUUUGCAUUACCUUAAUAAUAAUAGUUUGUAAUCUAUUGUAUGACUUGCAAAUAUAUGUUGAACCUGGAAAUUU